AUGUCCAUGUUCAUCUCCAGUUUCAUGAACGGAAGUGCAUGUGUCGAAUGUCAUGGAAAAGUUCAUUUUCGCUAUGGAAGAGACAGAGUUAUGUUCUCAUUUGAAGCUGGACGACGAUGUGAGUCUGGGCCAGGGAACUUCACCUUCGAGACAAAGCAGGGAAAUGAGAUAUUCCACAUAGUUGAGGAAUCCAUUCGGGAGCAGAAAGCCCAAGCUGAAGAACGACACCAAAGCUGUCCAUCAUUAGACUCUGACUGCCCAGCUCUCCAGCAGAUCCGUGCUGCCAUCUCGGAAGCAAACAGUCGUGAACCAGAUGGAGAUUCUGGUGGUAGCAAGCCUGGGUCCGCGGAUGGUGUUUUUGGUAGAAAAGAGAACGAUGGGAAAAAUUUUAAAGGCCGAAGCCUUCCAGAGCCGCCGCCUCCCGUUGGUGGAACCCCGCCACGAUCUCCCAUGCCACGUGGGUCCAAAAAUAUGUUAGAGGACCAAGGGAGUCUGUACUCAGAGCCCGCUGACUCGGUCCGUGCACCGCCCAGUCCAGGGGACUGUUUAUACUCAGACCCGGUAGACAGUAUCAAAGUCUUGCCCACUCCUAACCCACGCCUCAGGCCGACUGGCGAUGAGGGGGGUAGCCGCCACCCGGGCAUCAAGCCUGAGCCAUUCUAUUCAGACAUCUAUGAUCAGAUCAGUCUUGACUUGGUGCAGAGGACAGUGGCAUUGGGACUCGAUGGGCGAAGCAGGCACCCUGCAGAUGGAAGUCCUACAGAGCAUAUAUACGAUGAGCCAGAGGGACGUGCUGGAUCUGCACCGCCUAUUAUCACGCUUUAUGAUGAAGCACGGUUGGAAAUGCAUUCCUGGAGAACCAGGGGAAUGGAGGAGCCUCAAUGUCAUGAGGUGGCUCAACAACCACUGCCAGUGCCCAGACCAAAAGGCCCCAAACCUGUCACAGCACCCAAACCAGGCAAAGUAGCACUGCCCAAGAAAGACACUCCUCCUCUGCCUCAAAUUAAAGGCAGUGCUAACCUGAACAACAAUAACAGUAGCAACAGCCAUAACAGCACGGAAGGUGUUAGAAGAGAUGCUGGUGCAGGAAACACUGUGGAGCUUUACAGUAAAGUAUCUAGACAUCAGCCGCCUCCAAAUGCAUGGCAUCCUAUCAUGCAGUCUCCAGACAUCAUCUAUGACAACUUAGGUGACAUUUGACCUAACUUUUUUCAACAUUUAGGCAUUCUGGUCUCCUUUUUCUUAACCCUUAGAUGUUUCAUUGAAGGAAAUGCGUUCAUGGUUAACAAGGGAGCGCUCCGUGUCAGUGCUUGGAUUGAAACCUUAGUCAUAUAGUCACUGACUGUCAAAAUGAUUGAGAGCUAAGACUGUUCAAACCUUGUGUGGAUAAUGCCCUCUGAAAGGGCUUGUACUGGCACAUGCCAGAGUUUUGCACUUCUUGGGCAAAGUAGUCCUGUUUUGUAAAUCUGAGUCUGUGACUUCUGGAAGAGAUUACGAAGCACUUGUCAAAACACUCGGCUCCCUGGAGAAUUUGAGUGUUGUUGUGUGAACGGUAUCUGCCAGAUCCAAUUUAAUGGUUGAAAUGCAAAGACAAAAAGGUCAGUUAUUGCACAGACAAACCUUGAAUUGUUUUCCAUGGAGAUUGUAGCAAAAGGAUACUAAUCCACUGCUGUGAGUGAGUGUGUGUGUGUGUGUGUGUGUUUUAUAUAUAUGUGCGUAUGUGAACGAGUCAGCAGCUGUGCUGUUGUUUAACAUGGCGAUGAUAA